UUUGGUUUAUUUCACGCUCUGUUUAAGUCUCUAAGGUCAAAGUAAAUCGCUGCUAUAUAAGGUCCUCAACUUCGCAUCAGACGCAGCACAUUCUUCAAGACUGAAACAACGUGAAUACGUGUAUAACACCACCUGUCAACAUGAGCAUUGUCAGAGUUGCCUUUUUGGUGGUCAUUGCUGUUGCAUUGGUUGCUGCCCAGGAGAAUCAGUUGAUAAACUGCACUUACAACGGCAAAAUAUACAGAGCACCGGUCAAUGGUGAAGUCCAAGUGGAUGCUUGCACAUAUUGCACCUGUCUGUCCACCGGUGAAAUGGACUGCUCCUCAAUAUCAUGUAAACAUGCCUGCGCUAAGGAGGAGUACGAAUAUCUUAAAGAUUGCUGUAAACUAUGUAGCAAGAAACACUAAUUGUGUUGAAAGAAGUUACUACGAGUGCCUGGGAUAGCCAACCACUGUAGUUUUCAUUUUUAUUGGUUAAAUCAUUAAUUAUUUUAAACAUCUUUUUUAUAUUAAUAAAUAAAUGUCAAAAGUCACUGACUUUAUAAAAGUAA